AUGUCUUCAUCGACAUCCUCAUCAGCGCCGGUGUCGUCCGGGACGGGGCCGACAGCCGGUGGCGGCAGUGGAGGGGAACAGGAGAACGGCUACACCUUUCGCAUGGGUGACCACGAGAUCACAAUGAGGGACAGCUUCGCCUCCAUGUUGGACACGACACAACUCACCGAUUGUCUACUCGUAUGCCAUUCCCAUAAAGACGUGGACACGGACUCGGACCACGACAACAGCCCGGACACCAACAACGGUCACAACAGCGCGCGGCUAACCAAUGGUCACGCGAGCAAUGGGCGCACCGGUAGCCCGCGUGUGUCGUUGGCAGCGCCGGCCGAUAAGGUACCGGAGCGCUCGUUGGCCACCCAUCGCGUGAUACUGUCGGCCUCUUCGGACUACUUCCGGUCGCUGUUCUCGUCGGUCACGGCUCAGCCCUUGGGUGUGGUGGCAGUGGUGGUGACGAACGUGGACUACGACGACCUCAAGUCCAUUGUCGACUUCAUCUAUAAGGGACAGGUAUCCGUAGGCCAGUCGCGAAUACACAAGUUCUUGGCGGCGGCCCAACUGCUGAUGGUUAAGGGCUUAAUGAACAUCAAACUUGUGUCCAAUGAUAACCAACCGCUGGACGACAUGAACGGGACAGGAGGCGCGGACGCCGCCCACGAGCAGGAAAUGUUGCAAAAGCUGCGACACGACAAACGACUGCUCGAGCAGGAGGUGCGCGCCCUGAAGGACGUGGAGAGGAACCGGUCGGAGAAGUUGAGGCGAGAGAUCGAGAUGGAGGUGAAGAAGAAGUUGGAGUUAGAGAAGAGUGUCUUAAACGAGGAGAAGCAGAGGUUCGAGGCGUUGCGGAUGAAGUUCGCCAUCGAGAAGGAGGUGUACGAGAAGGAGAGGGCCCGCAAAGAGUCCACUAUUAAGAUGGUUGUCACGAGUAGUAGCGGUAAUAGCGUUAUACACGUGUCGGACAAUACGAGUGGUCACACGACGAGCAAUGGACAGAUUGUGGGCCAAAGGCAUACACCGGCGCCGCAAAGAGUCGGGUCUCAGCCGCAGAUAGUAGUGCUGAGUGUUGGCGCCGGCGGUGUUGGUAUCCAACAGCAGCAACAGUCAUCGCAAUCAUCGACGACAGAGUCUCCCGGUCUGAGCGAAGGCGAGGGCCGACAGCUCCGCAAACGCAUCAAAUUGGGCGAAACGGGUGGCGAGACGCCGGGGGGUCCGCACGAGUCGGUCAUCAAAACACUGCCAAACAGUGACGUCUCAAAGAUGGAGGUGGACACCGACGGCAUGCCAGCACCGGUUCCACUGGACGGCGCCCACAGACCUGACAUGGAUGACGAGGACGACGGCGAGGUGUAUGAAAUAGACUUCAGUCAACCGUUUGACGGACAGCGCGGUACGGGUGCCGAUCACGGGGUCGAUCUCAGAGCUAACCCCCAGUCGGCGGCUAUCGUGGCCUCGACGCUGGCCUACCAUAAGUCGACGACCAGUAGUCCCACGCAAAUCACGACCCGAGCCCUGCGCCGGUCGACGUCCAGUCACGGCUCGGCGGCCGGCACUCCCGGGCCCGCAGAGAAUGGAGGCGCCGGUCAUCACGAUAUGGUGACCGCAUCCGGCGAACUGGUGUCGACUGUACGCCGCAAAGGACCCGGACGUACGCCUAACUGGGCUAAGGAGGAGAUGAAUAGCGAUUUGGAGGGAACGCCUGAGACCAGGAGCCGUAAACAGCGGUCGUCCCAGGAGUACCUGAGCCCCGCGAUGGGUGGCCAGCCGCAGCUCCAGACGCCCAGUAGUGGCCUCUACCAGUGCCCUUACUGUCCCCAAGUAUAUCACGGCCAUCAGUCGAUGCAGGACCACAUCAACGGCGUGCACCUGAACGCCAAAACUCAAUAUAUAUGCGAUUAUUGCGGGAAAGUCUACACGUGGAGGAUAUCACUGAACAAACACCUCAAGACUGUCCACCCGAACGAACCUAUACUCGAUUAGGGUGUAGCGACAGGUGUUAUACCUGUCCCCUCCUAAUUACCCACUCAUUACUUAUUCAUUUAGACCCCGAACCCCUAUGACUCCCUCUUUAUUUUCAUAACCCUUAUAAAGGCCUCUAAUUAUUUGCUGAGAUAUAAUUGUAAUGAUUUUUUUGUGUCUGUAUUUUGUGGUAAUCAUUGAGUUUUUGG